AUGGCUCGCAAGCAGCUCGACCCGCGCCUGAGCGUGCUCAGCAACUAUACUGAGCCGCUGCCCGACACGCCAACGAGCGCGAGGACGCGAGCGUCCCCCCUUUCGUGCGGCUCCAACCCCUCGACUGCUUCUCUACCGCCCACGCCUCAGUCUGAUGGCUCGAAAAAGAAGCGGGAGGAGGAGGGAGACGAGCCCGAGCCAGACUCACCGCCGUUACCGCCUACACCGGUCGUGAAGGAGGACAAGGGAACGAGCUCGACACCGACCACAGCGUCUUCUCUCGUUUCUACAUCGUCUCUCGCAAGUUCGGCCAUCUCAGGGUCUCGCAAGAAGGCUAAGAAGGACGAGGAGGGAAAUAAGGCAGGUAGGGUGGAAGCCCCGGCGGAGACUCCGAAGGCAGAAAGGACCAAGCGGACAUGGAAGCACGACACCGCGAGGAUCGCUGCACUCUAUCUUGUACCUGUCGUCUUGUCCAUUCCCCUAUCGCUCAUCCUCGUCCUCACCCGACUUCUCCUUCAACCCAUAUACAAUUCCACUCCACUCUCGCUUCACCCUCUUGUACUCUAUUCGACCUUCGCGCUCAUACCAACCGCUCUCAUCUGGAACAGUGUCCGGUAUGGAUCGCCCAAGGCGUCCACGUCAGCUCGCGUGUGCUUUUCCGUCUCGGCGCUGGGAGGGGAUCUGAUCGCUAUCAGUGGAAGAAGAGUGGGCAGCUUAACGGGCAAGCUUGGAGGAGCGGAAUGGGGCGCGUUGGGAGCGAGGGCGGUGCUGGGUAUGGCGGUUGUAGGCGGAGGAGUUGGCUUUGCUACCCUUUGCUCGGACUAUAUACUGCCCAUGCCGACGGGACCGUCAAGGCGGGAUCGAAUUAUAACUCUUCCGCAUAUCUUGGUCCGGUCUACAGUAUACGUUGCUCAUAUCUGGCUCGGUGAGCGGUUGUGGAUGCGGCUGCUCGGCGGGAGUACCUCUCUCCUCGUCCAGAGUCCGGAGAAGAGCAUUCUUCUACUCUCACUCUUUCUGACCAUCCUGUCCCUCUUCCUCCGCUCAACGCCCCCCUCGGCAUCUUUCGCCCGCUCCCUCCAUACGGCCAUCUCCGCCCGCCUACACCUCAAAAAGCCCGCCUCCGACUCUCUCUGGUCGCUCCUCUCCCGCCUCCCUCGUCAAAUCUUCCCCAUCCUCCUCCUUCUUCGCAUCCCUCUGCUCAUUAUCGCACUCCGACAACAACUCUUCCUGCGUCCCUCCCCGCCGUACCUCGCUGCCCGAGGGGGACUGCGUAUCCUGAGUAGUGAACGAGGCAUGACGGGGCAGAUCGUGGUAGGGGAGGAGUUGAGCCGGGGCUUCAGGUUCCUCAGGUGUGACGCGAGUAUACUGGGCGGAAGAUGGGUCAGAGCCACACCGGGCAGCAAGAAUGGGCCAGCGCGGACCGAUAUGGGUGACUCGAUUUUUGCGACGUUUCCUCUGCAGGAGAUUGGACUUCUGGCUCAUCGAGCGGACGAGGACGAGUCUGUUGCUCGGACGAUCAUGAUGUCCACUGGACUUCAAGUCGCACCUGAGGCAGACCUGGACUUGGUACCAGAUAAGCCAGCGGACCGAGCCCUAAUCAUCGGCCUAGGCGUCGGUAUCGCCGCUCAAGCCUUCUCGCGCCAAUCCCUCUCCAUCGACCUAGUCGAAAUCGAUCCCUUAGUCUACCAUGCCGCAGUAGACCACUUCAACCUCACUCUCCCAUCCUCGACGACUAUAAAUCUGCUCGACGGGAACGAGUACGUCAGCUCGCUCGCGCGCAUGCGUCGGGAAGGCAGCUAUGAAGGCCAGAAAUGGAGUUAUGUCAUCCAAGAUUGUUUUUCGGGCGGAAGCGUGCCAGAGGAGAUGUUCACGAGGGAGUUUUGGGCGGAUCUGGCGGAGAAUGUGGAACAGGACGGGAUUGUCGCUAUGAACUUUGUCGGUGUGCUGAAUAGCCUGGCGUCUCGGGCCGUCCUGGUGACUCUGACUUCCGUCUUUGAGCAGUGUCGAGCCUUCGGCGACCCCGCCGAAUCUCACGUGAAGGCUGAUCAGUCUAUCAACAUGGUCGUUUUCUGUACCACCGCCCUCAAUCCACUUUUGGCAUUCCGCCGCCCCACGCCUGCCGACGUCCUCCGGUCACCGCUAAGAUCACACGUCUAUUCUACAUCCCAAUCAAACGAGAUUCAGCUAUACGACGUGAUCACAGACGAGGACCGAGCGGAUCCGGUGCUCAUGCUUCGCCGUGGAGAAGGACGGAUGGACAGGGAGGGGUGGCAGGUCGCUUCGGGCUUGAGCAUGUGGUACAACAUGCAGAAGAUUCUGACAUCGGAGAUGUGGAUGGCCUUCUAG